AUGGCCAGACACGGCCCCAGCCCUGAUGUCGAUGACCAGUUGCAAGGAUCAUCUCAUGCCAACAAGGCAAAGCUCAAGAAUGUCGGAAAGGUCGCUCCGACUGACUCUUCUAUCCCUAACCUGCCUGCAAUCAUGAGGUCGUUUUCACAAGUCUUUUCAGCAACCUUUCUGCUUGCCGCUCUCUUCUUCGCCAGUACCGACGCCUAUGCGUAUGACAGCCGGACCGCAUCCCGGCCUCAAGUCAAGGGAUACUAUCCCAGCUACAACUCCGAUGGCCAGCCUGUCUCAAAGAUUGAUUGGACUGCAUACACCGAUGUUCUGUACUUCAUGGUGAUCCCUCAACCGGACUUUACUCUGUCGUAUGAUCCCAAGCUCACGAAAGCACAGGGUGACAAGCACUUUUCGAACUUGACUUCGACAGAUGCUGCCCGCAAAAGAUUUGCUCAACUGCUCGUUCAAUUCGGCAAGAAGCAUGGUUUCGUCGGAAUCGAAAUGGAUUGGGAAUACCCCAAUGGCAACCUCAUGGCGUACGAUGUCUACGGCGCCUGGGCUCCGACCACUGGUCCUCUGGCCCCCAUCCGUGCCACCUGUGCCCCGGCCGCUUUUGGUCAGUCUGUCGAAACCGGCGUCCAGAUUGCGUUGAAGCAAGGAUUUAAAGCAUCCCAGGUGAUCUUGGGCAUUCCGGGCUACGCCAAGCGUCUCGAAUUGGUUUCGCCCAAGCUGGUUGUCCAGAAUGUCAAGGGCCAUCUGACCGAAUACUACCAAAACCACACCAGCGUCACCCCUCCCGGUGGUCAAUUUGACGACAAGCCAGGCAAAGACAUUUGUGGUAAUGCACAGAAAUGGGGAGGCUCAUUCCUUGUAAAUGAAUUGGUUAGCAACAGUUGGUUAACCAAGGACCAAAAGCACGGCGCUGGUGGUUACACACGCUACUAUGAUCUCUGCAGCGGACAACCGUUCCUCACCAAUGGAAAAUAUUUCAUUACAUAUGACGACCAAUUCAGCACAGUCGACAAGGCCAAGUUUGCCAAGCAGAACGCAUUGGGCGGUAUUUACUUCUUUGACACCCAAGGUCCAGCACCAGAAACCGUAAGAGCAGCUCGCCAAGCUCUUUCCAACUAG